AUGCCGCCGAUAACCCCAGGCAUGAAAAUUGCGGCGGUCACGCGUCAACAUCUUGCCCACGAGACCAAGCUCCUCAGUCCAGAUUCCACGAGAAACCACACGGUCCAAAAGCUCGACAGCCUUUCCGAGGAUCCAAAGCCGCAUUUUGGAAACUCCAUCAGCAGGGGUAUUGUGAAGGCUAGCUCGGAUCUUAUUGUAUCUUCUCGGGCCUUGAUUCCAUCAUCAACUAUUGUACCACUCGACCCAGUCUUCUGGAGGUCUUGGUGUGGCUGGGUCGUGGUCGACGAAGAGGAGGAUGAGGCGGCGGAGGACAGUGUGGUAGUGUCUGUCGGAGAAGAAGUCGGCAACGCCUUCGAGGGCGACGAGCCAGCCGAUGGCGCGGACAAUGAGCCACAGAUUAGCAAGCGUCUGCGGUCGUUCCAUACUGUAUAG